AUGGGCGCAAGAACUAGCAUCAUAAGAUGGGUGUGUAGCUUCCUGUCACUGAGAAGACAAGCUGUGAAGCUCAACGGUGUACUUUCCAAGUGGGCCCAAGUGCAUGCUGGUGUUCCACAGGGAACAAAACUGAGACCAAUCCUAUUCCUCAUCAUGGUUAAUGACUUAGCUCAAAGAUCUCCCCUAAAAUCAAGUCAUUGGAAAUACGUGGAUGAUAUCACAUUGUCUGAAGUAGUCUCCAACAACACCCAAUCUGUAUUGCAGACAGACCUCGACCACAUCACAAGUUGUGCAAAGGAAAAUUCCAUGAAUCUGAAUCCAAAGAAAUGUAAAGAGCUACGCAUCUCUUUUCUUGCAAAAGAUCCUGAUGUAGACCAACUCAUGGUUGAGGAAACUCACCUCGAAAGGGUUAAGUCACACAAAGUGCUGGGCGUCACUCUCUGUGACAAUCUGAAAUGGAAUCUAAACAUCGACGAGAUUGUGACCAAAGCAUCUAAACGACUUUACAUUUUAAGGGUUCUAAAACGCGCAAAACUUCCAACACCUCACUUAACAAGUAUAUAUUGUGCACUUAUUCGUUCUGUUAUGGAAUACGCUUGCUCAGUCUGGAACAAUGCUAUCCAACUAUAUUUAGUUCAGCAAUUGGAGAGAAUACAAAGACGUGCAAUGAAGAUCAUACUUCCUGGAUUCCAUUACGAAACUGCUCUGUCACGUUGUUCGCUAAGCACCUUGGCCGAAAGGAGGGCUAUGAUCUGCAAAAAUACUUUCAACGCAGCGUGUGACAAUAGCUCAAUACUGUACGGUAACGUUCCACCAACGCGUCAAGCUGAUGUUGCACGUGCUGUAAGCAUAAUCUUCCAGGAGGCCGUUGAAGUGAACAAGGAAGUGACAGGAAGCCCGGUGAUUGAAUUGGGCAGCAAUUUAAAUAGCAAACUUAUCAAGUUAGCCCCAGCUGUGUCAGUAGGGGGACCUUUAGCAUACACAGGGAAUUUGACAUUUUGUUGUAUCCCUCAGUUGGGGAUUUUGACAUCACAACAGGGAGAGGAUAUUUGUAUGUUUUUGAAGAUGGUUAUUAUCACUCUUGUGAAGAAGGGUUUUGACUUUGAUAGUGGUACCCAGAUUAGGGUUUUUGACAAAAAAACCCCUGCAAAAUUGCCAAUUCCCCCUGUUAUAACAGGUUCUCCACCAUGGGCUAUACCAGAUAUCUCCACCACGGGCUAUUACCUUUGA